GGUCUCUCUCUUUCUCUCUCAGGUGCUGUUUCUGCUGGUACCUGCAUCAGCCUCCCUCACUAUGUUGAUCCUAUCCUGCUCUUCCAAGUUGCAGAUCCUAGAGAGACUGCUGAAGAAAAGCCUCCCUCAGACACUUCAGGUCUAUGGUGCAGUCAUGAACAUAAACCGUGGGAACCCAGUGGGCCAUGAGGUGAUCGUGGAUUCUUGGCCAGAUUUCAAGGUGGUCGUGACUCGUCCACAGAGAGAGGCUGUUUCAGACAAUGCGGAUUUCUUGAGCAACAUAUAUGCAGCAUUUUAUCGGGAUCUUGAUGCUUACCGGAAACUGUUGCUAGACACAGAUACCAUCAACUGGGAUCAAACCUUUGCUCUCUACGGGAACCAUGAUGGGAUAUACGAGGUCUCUAAAGAGGCUGUUGCUGCCAAGGAAGUCCAGUUGACUGCAACCCCCUACUUCACCUAUCUGAACCUCAACCCAGAUAAACAGCCUGAGCCCCGGCUGGAUCCAGGCUUCACCCUUUCCUCCUUGAAUAGCUCCCACAUUGACCUGCUGAAUGAAACGUGGCACUUUGGGGGCGGUGAACACAGCCAGAGAUACCUGGCCAACAUGGUGCAAUGCUUCCCCAGUACCUGCAUACUGGACUCCAAUGGUCAUCCUAUCAGCUGGAUCAUCAUGGAAUCUGUGGGUUCACUGAGACAUGGCUACACCGUUCCAUCCCACCGCCGAAGGGGCUACUCAUCUAUGGUGCAGAGAGCACAGGCCAUGCGUGUCCAUGCUGCUGGCUUCCCUGUAUAUGGCCUUGUUGCCCUAGAUAAUAUCCCCCAGCAGAAACUGCUGGUCUCCCUUGGCUUCCAGAGAUUAUCUGAACUGUGUCAUUACUGCAUCCAUUCUCCAGCUUCUCAGUGAGAGGAGGAGAGAGCAACAGUCAUUUUCCAGGAUCCUACUCAAUCCUUUCCCUCACCAGUCCUCUGAAUGGGAGAGAGGGAGAUUAUCACACCCUCUCAAGAACCAUUCCCCAUUACUCUAUUUUCCAUUUAAAUGCCACCUCAAUUCCUGUUGAUUAAAAUCUUUGGUGCUGGGUUUGGACUGAAUCAGACGACCUGGGUUUUUGGGUGAUACCCAUGACCCCCAUUUUGAGUGUUUAUUGCUCCAUUUGUGGAGCGCUGCAAAAUGCAGUGUUUUCACUGCAAAACACUGCUGCAAAACUUUAUCAAAGUCUGGUCCCUGUUUGGAGUGAAUCAGACGACGUUGGGUUUUUGGGUGACCCCGUGACCCCUGAGUUUGAGUUACCAUUGCUCUGUUUAUGGGGCCAUGCAAAACCCUGCAAAACUUUUGCCAAAGUUUGGCUCCAGUUUGGGCCAUCACCACCCAGUAGGCCUGAAUCAACUAUACAUUUUAGGUUAAAAAAAAUUGUAUUAGUAUUUUAAAGUUGUAAACCAUGUUUGGUAACUUGGCAGGAAGGCAAUAUAUAAAUCCAAUGAAUAAAAUGUUUUCUGUUCUGGGUAGCAGGGUUGUCU